CCACGCCCUGACGUUGUUUUUGGCAGCCACAGACCUUGUUCUGUGGCACGAGCUCGUCAUGGGCACUGAAGCCAGCGGGAGGAGAAACCCCGAACCCCGGCGUGCAAACCCAGCGGCUGGGGGCGGUGCGGGGCCGGUCCCGCUCCCUCCCUUCCUCAGUCCCACCAUGAGGCCGCGGCAGGCGGAGGUGUCGAUCCCGCUGCAGCCCCCCGGGGCGGGCGCGACCCCCGCAAGCGACCCCGUCGGGCAGCCCCGGGACUACGUGCUCUGGUCACUCUUUAACGUGCUGUUGGGCUAUGGACUGAGCUGCUUCGGCUGCUUCUGCUUCCCUGCGCUCAUCUACUCCAUCAAGGCCCGUGACUGCAAGGUACUGGGGGACGUGGAGGGUGCCCGGCAGCACGGUGCCCGUGCCAAGGCACUGAACAUCAUCUGCUCCGUGCUCCUGGUCCUCAUCCUGUUGGUCAUCACCAUCUGCAUCAUCGGUGCCAUCGUGUCCACCACCAUCUGAUCGCUGCGUGGCCACGGCCCUGCUUGCUGCCACCCCACAGGGUGCUGCUUUGUCCCCCGUAAUGCCCCUGCUUCAGGACACAGGGAGAGGAGCAGUGUCCCCUCGCUGCCUGCGCCCGCGGUGUCCCCCGCCACCGCCUGCAAGGGGACGGCUGAACCAGGUUGGGACACACGGAGACGAGCCCCAGAGUGCUGCUGGUGACCCAUGUACAGGUCACUGCUGCCACAAAUAAAGCUCGCGCUGCCAAAA